AAGGGGCUUCGGGGAAGGUACGGUGCAGGUGGCUAUUUGGAGCGCUCUUUUCACAAGCGCGGUUGCACUUUUAUAGAGUUGUGAGAUUCCCGAGGAUAAAAAUCGUUGCCCUGUUUUAUUUCUUUCUUAAGAGCACCUACCUUAUGAGUUUGUUGCAAGGGAUUAAAUUCGUCAAUUUGUGUAAAGCGCUUAAAGACUGGGUUUGCUAUUAUCACCUGAAAUUGCCCACCCCCUACCUCUACUCCAAUCAGGAUGGAGUCACUUUCUUUUAUAUUUUAAUGACUAUUCCAAUUUAUACUUAUAUGUUAAUCUGUUUUGUUCACAGUUGUGUCCCUUAACACCUCAUGGCAACCUGGGACAAAGUGAGGCUAACUGGCUGGCGUUUACUCACUAGCCGGCUGCUGUUCUCAGCAUUUUUGUUUUCUUUAUAUCAUUUUACAGCCGAGGAAAUGGAGCUACAGGGUAUAAAAGGUGCUGUUGUACCUUGUGCAAGGACACAUAGCUGGUAGGAGGUAGAGGUGGAACUUGCUUCAGAGCCCUUGUGCUGCUGCCGUUGCACGGAGGCCCCAUGGAGGCCGUGGCCCCGCCGGUGAAGCAGGAGGCCCGGGCCGAGGGCCUGACCCUGGACUCGCCGUGGCACCGCUUCCGCCGCUUCCACCUGGGCGACGCGCCGGGCCCGCGCGAGGCGCUGGGGCUGCUGCGCGCGCUGUGCCGGGACUGGCUGCGGCCCGAGGUGCACACCAAGGAGCAGAUGCUGGAGCUGCUGGUGCUGGAGCAGUUCCUGAACGCGCUGCCCGCCGACACGCAGGCCUGGGUGUGCAGCCGGCGGCCCCAGAGCGGCGAGGAGGCCGUGGCCCUGCUGGAGGAGCGCUGGGGACCAGCGUCUGCCCCAGAACAGUCUUCAGCUACAAGGGCACCUCGGGAUGUGGCAGAAGGCUCUGGGGCCGGCGUUGGAAAGGAAGAGAAUGGGGUGAUCCCCCUAGGAGACACGGCCCCUGGGGCUGAGGUGCCAGCGUCAGAGGACUCCCAGGCUGUUCGCCCUUAUAAGCAGGAGCCUGGCAGCCCCCCAUUGGCUCCACUGGCUCCUGGCCUGCCUGCCUUCCUGCCAGCCCCGAGCGGGACCUCCUGCCCAGAGUGCGGCAAGACGUCCCUGAAGCCAGCCCACCUGCUGCGCCACCGGCAGAGCCAUUCCGGCGAGAAGCCGCACGCCUGCCCCGAGUGCGGCAAGGCCUUCCGGCGCAAGGAGCACCUGCGGCGCCACCGCGGCACGCACCCCGGCGGCCCCGGGCCCGCCCUGCGCCCACUGCCUGCACGCGAGAAGCCCCACGCGUGCUGCGAGUGCGGCAAGACCUUCUACUGGCGCGAGCACCUCGUGCGCCACCGCAAGACGCACUCUGGCGCGCGGCCCUUCGCUUGCUGGGAGUGCGGCAAGGGCUUUGGGCGCCGCGAGCACGUGCUGCGUCACCAGCGCAUCCACGGCCGGGCGGCGGCCAGUGCCAGUGUGCAGGUGGCAGCGGCGCCGGGCCCCGAGGGCGGGGGGCCCUUCCCACCUUGGCCCUUGGGGUAGCUGCUCGCACCAGGAGCCAUUCCUCCCUCCAGCGCUUUCUCCACUUCUGCUCAGCCCCUCCCCUCUUUCCCUCUUGUCUGAGCUUGGCUCCAUGGCUCUGGUUCAGUCUGUCCUGUUCCUUGUCUCACCUCCACCCUCCCCGUUCUCCCUUCCUGAUUUCUCCUCUCUCUGCCCCGUGAAGGGUGCCUCCUCCAGAUGGUCUUCUCCCUCCGCUCCUUCCCUCUCUCUCCCUCUGCCCAGCCUCCCUCGCCCCCUCAGCCCCUCCCUGGAGAGCUGAGAUGGAGGCCCUGGGCCCCAGCAUGGAGAAGAGGAACUCAGUGAGGACAGCGGCCGGGGCCCCUCUUGAUGAAGUGAGGAUGACAGAAAGGGGUCUGGGUCUUGUCCCUGUGAGCCCCUCCCCAGGGCAGGUCGGGUUGGGGGAGGGGAGGAGAGGGGCGCUGGUUCCGCCGCUGGACUGGCUGUGGGCUCUGAGUUUCCCUGUCCUCCCUGUGGCCCAGAGACAUGAGACGGACAGACGUGCCUGCUCUCUGGGGACAGUUCACCAGCAUCCAGGGAGUAAUAAAGUCACUGACCCAGUGUGUAGACCGAGUCCAAGGCUCUGUCUGACAAGGCUGCCCUCUGGGCUGAGCAUCUGGGGCACAGGGGCUCUGGAGUUCGCUUUCUUGUCCCCCUCUCAGACCUGAGACCUCAGACCACGCUCUUCUCAGGCGUGAGGGAGGCCCUGGCAGUCUGGGCUCAGCCCGGGAAGCAGCUCAGGAAUGCUGGGGUGGGAGUGGGCCGUCCCCACGGGCGUCCUCCAGAGGCACAGUGGGCUCAAGGGAGGGACUGGGCCGGCACCACAUGGACCCAGGUCUGCGUCUCAGCUUCCUGCCUUGGUCAGUGUCCACAUCCAUCAGUGAUAAUGGUGGUUCUCCACCUCCUGUGCUAAGGGGGUUACUUUGGCUGGUCACUCCAUUUCGUUGGGGAGGCCAAAUAGUGUCAAUAGGUCUCGCUGGUGGCCCAUUUUGCCAAGAGAGGAGUUUCUCCAGCUGGGGGCAAGGUGCAGCCUGGCAGCUGUGGAUCAGGGGUGGGGGGCAUGUGGGGGCCCACUAUUGGGUGCAGGCUUUGGCCAGGCCUGUCUUUUUAGGGUGCCAUCUCUGCCCUGUGUCCUUGGCUCAACAUGGAGUCCUGGAAUCCAGACCCUGGUUCCUUCUCUCCAGGUAGGAAACCUCCAGCCUACAGGGUGCAGUGGCUUUGGACAGUGGAAAAGCAGAGAUGUGAGUCUGACCGUUCCUCGCUGAUAUGUGACCAGCCCUCCUGGGUCCAGCUUCGCCCUGGUCCCUUGGCUCGUGUGCAUCCAGUGCCUGAGCCUGGCCAGGGUGCUGAGGCUGAGCCCCCCACGAGUCACAGCUGUCCUGUUUGCAUCCUCAGCUCUCGGCCCAAAGUCCAGAACUGGUGCGUCUGGUAAAACCAGGUGACGGCCAAGCCCUAGCUGCAAGGGAGUCUGCGAAAGCAACAGCUGGGCUCUCCAGCAUUUGCAGCUGGAGCCUGGCUCUACCUUCCAAGCCUCAGGGGCAGGAAAGGGUUUGAGUGCUGGGCAGUGUUAAGGAAGACAGGCGACUGCUGCAGGCCCCUGAGGCAAACUGCUAGGCCUCAGCGUCCUGGUAAAGGCAGGCUAAUAAUGCCCCUUUGGGAGCAUGGGGUAACGAACAUAAAGUGCUUAGCCUGGCUCAGGGCCUUUUUAUGGCAGCAUGGAGAGGUCCCUGUGACCAUGCCCACUGUGUAGCAGAGAAAGCAGGCUUGGAGAAGCGAUGUCACCUGCUGCAGGUCCUCACAAGGGGACUGGGAGGAACGUGAGAAGUUGGGGCCCCUGGGCCAGCCUGGGUCUGAUGGUGACGGCAGACUCGGAGUGAGCGCAGUGGCCAGCCCUGUCAGUGCUUGAAUCUGCCAGCUCAUCCGUUUCUCAUCACCAUCCAUGGGCCCCGGCACUGUCGCCCCAUCAUCACGGCCCAAAAUCCCUGUGACCUGCAGGGCAGAUCAGGAAACUGAGGCACCGACAGAGCAGGUGCCUAGGUCACGCUGGUGGAUCCGAACCCCACAGGCCGUGAAAGUACAUACUCCAGCUCCCAACAGCACAGCGGCCGGUGUGCGCUGUUCAGGCUCCACCCUUUCUUCUGAAAAGCUCCUCCCGUUUCCCUCUGGGAGCCCAGCAACGCACAUGUGCACUCACACACACCCGCGUCCCGCCGGAGGGACAGUCGGCCAGGCUGUUCUGUGGGAAGUCUGGGUGAGCCUCCGGGGCAGUCAGUGUUGCAGGAGCUGGGAAGAACGCCCCCAGGAGAUGGGAGGACAGACAGAAGCCUUCAUGCGCCCCCCUCCCCCGCCAGCCCCAGGCCUGGGGGAGCUUUGGUCCAACUCCCAAUGGUGGCCUUGGCGGGCCCUGCCUUCCGCCAAGACUCGGACCCGGAGGGGGCCCUGCAAAACAAACAAAUGCCCUCCACGCAGGCAGUAGGCAGCUUGGGACGCCCUGCUGGCGGGACCCAGACCGACCCAGGCAGAACAGUCUGGCAGUACGGCCCAGUGAGCCCACUGCCCCAGCCCGGUCCAGAGACCGCGGUCUGCCCAGGAGGGCGUGUGAGGGGCUGGUCCGCUGAGUGGUGCUUGAGGUGGCAGAGAAUCAGAGCGAGGUCAACGCCCAUUACUGGGAGAGGGGAACGCACGUCGUUCAGGAAAAGUCCAAAAAUUUGGAAAUAAGCAAAAUGUCAAUUGUGCAACUUUAUAAAACUCUAGAUUGUUUUUAAAACAGUCCAGCCUGGAGGUCACACGGCUCUUGGGAAAUGAAACUUUGCCUCACAAUGGCCUGGAGGCUGGGUGGUUCACCGCUCUGAAGCUUGGACAAAACAGGCAAGGUGCAGCUACACUUGGUUCGGCAGAGAAGAUUACCCCCAGGUAGCGGUCUGGCUGCUGUGCAGACACCAGCCAGUGUGAACGCCGCAGGCCGCCUCCACACCGUCCCCCCGACCCGCUCUGCCCCCGGCUCCUGAGACGUGCUCCGGCGUUCUCGGGCUCAUCAUAAACGCGCUGAAUAAGAGACUGGCACAUGCCCGUUA